UUGAAGGGAAGAUACUGAGCUUGUUUAUGGCUAUGUUGAGCAAGAGGUUGUAGACGAGAGAUUAAAUUACAAAAAAUGAGAGACCCUGAUUCGAUGUUCGGAACCCAGUGCUUUCAUUCCAUUGCUUUUCAUCUUCAUUUGUCAGCUAGCGAAAGUUUUUCUGCGUGUUGCGAAGCUGAGUAUAUUGAAGAUUAAGGGUUUGUUUUUCUGCACAGAAAACAUAAAACCUGGCAAUUUUUGUAUUUUAAUCACUCUGGCAUUGGCUUCAUAAAGCAAUGGGGGUUGGAUGGAACCAGUUUGGAUUAUGGUUCAAAAUAUAUAUUGCCUUGAUUUCUUUGUGGGAAAUUCGAGUGUGUUGGUCGCUGAACAGCGAAGGGUUAGCCUUGUUGGAUUUUCGAGAUAGAAUAACAUGUGAUCCUUAUGGAGCUUUGGUGAAUUGGAAUCCAAAUGACGGUGACCCUUGCAAAUGGUUGGGUGUUCAUUGCAUUGACAGUAAAGUUCAAAUUCUAGACUUAAACUCCUUAUCUUUGGAAGGGACAUUGGCCCCAGAGCUUGGGAAGCUUAGUCACUUAAAAUCUCUUGUGUUGUGUAAGAACAAUUUCUCUGGAACCGUUCCCAAGGGACUUGGAGCUUUAGCCAAACUGGAGUUAUUGGAUUUGAGGAGCAAUAACUUUACUGGAACUAUUCCAGUGGAAGUUAGCAGCUUAUCAGAACUGAAACACUUGUUGCUUUGCGGCAAUAAAAUUGAAGUCAAUGUUUGUCAGGAUGUUGAAAAGUCCAAUUUACCCUCUAAAUGGUUAUUUGUCGACAAGUGUGGCUUGCAUAGAAAAUUUGGAAAUGGUGUAUGGCAGAGAAAUUUUAUACUGUUAAACAAGGCUGUUUCUAGAGUUAUUCAAAUUAAAGGAGAACUUGUGAAAUACUUCAAUGCUUUGGUGCUGCCACUGUUGAAGCUGGAUAAAGCUCUUGAUCUUUGUCAAGUGAAUUUCUAUCACAAUCAACAUGAUUUUCAUGAGCCUGUGGUUGCCCAAACUAUAACAACCCUCAUCAAUUCCGUACGUCGCAGGUUACUUGAUCAAUCUAGUAACCUCGCAGCUGCAGCUGCACCUGUCAGUGUUGGUCCUACCAAACCAAUUGUUUCUCUUCCAGCAACCUUGAGUAGUGGAGCUUUCCCGGCUGUGCCACAUGCCAAGCAACAAAAUCUAUCUCCUGCACCGCCUCCAACUGCUAAUUCCCCACCUAAUACACCAAAUCAAGACCAAACUUCUACUUGGAAACAAGAGCAUUCAACUAAAGGCACUUCUGGAAAUUUGUGGCUUUAUAUAAUUAUUAUCAUUUCAUUUGUGGUUGUGUUGGUCAUUAUUGCUGUGACUAUAUUCUGUUUGUGGCGAGCGCGAGCAGCCAAAACAAUAAGCCCUUGGAAAACAGGGAUAAGUGGACAAUUACAAAAGGCGUUUGUAACAGGGGUUCCCAAACUGAAUCGACCAGAGCUGGAGACAGCCUGUGAGGAUUUCAGCAAUAUUAUUGAUAAUUUUGAUUAUUACGCCAUAUACAAAGGAACACUGUCGAGUGGAGUUGAGAUUGCUGUUGUUUCUACUAAUGUCACUUCUUCUAAAGAAUGGUCAAAGAAUGCAGAGAUGUUCUACAGGAAAACGAUUAGUACAUUGUCUCGUGUGAAUCAUAAGAACUUCAUAAAUCUUAUUGGUUUCUGUGAGGAAGAAGAACCAUUCACAAGGAUGAUGAUUUUUGAGUAUGCUCCUAAUGGUUCCUUGUUUGAGCAUCUCCAUGUUAAGGAAGAUGAAUAUCUUGAUUGGAGUGCAAGGACGAGGAUUGUUAUGGGAAUUGCUUAUUGUUUGCAGUACAUGCACCAUGAUCUAAAUCCACCAGUAUCUCAUUCCGAUCUUAGUUCAUCUUCCAUUUAUUUAACAGAUGACUUUGCUGCCAAGAUAGCAUAUAUGAGUUUUGACAACCCAUCCAUACUAGAAGAAAAAGGAUCUAGCCAUUCUCAGUUGCCACCCAAAGCAAAUCCUGAAACAAAUGUUUAUAAUUUUGGAAUGGUGUUGCUUGAAAUAAUUUCUGGAAAGCUCCCUUACUCUGAAGAACAUGGUCAUCUCACCGAAUUGGCCGCCGAUCACAUCAAAAACAACAGAAGCAUCAAUUAUAUGAUCGAUCCUAUUCUCCAAUCAUACGAAAAGGAUCAACUUGAUGUGAUCUGUGAAGUAAUACAAGAUUGCAUCCAAACAGAUGCAAGGUUCAGACCUCCAAUGAAGGAUGUAGUUUCCAAAUUGAGAGCAGUCAUUAAUAUAUCACCUGAACAAGCGGUUCCGAGACUUUCUCCUCUUUGGUGGGCUGAACUGGAAAUAUUGUCUCUUGAGGCCAAUUAAGUUUGUGUAUUCUAUAACUCUCAUACAUUUUUUAAAUUGUUUUCCUUCACAAUGUUAUAUCAA